GUGCUCCUGUGUGUGCCUUAUUCGACUUUGACGUCAGACACACAGGUGGACGUUGACGAUGGAAAAGCUGAUCUGUUUGAUGUCAAUGAAGGUGCUGGGUUAGACCUUUUUGAAGGAGAUAUCUUGUAUGAUGAGAGGGAACAAAAGAAUUCCAUCAUUGGAGAUCAGUACAAGUGGCCAAAGACUGUUCCAUAUUAUCUGCAGGAUGAUUUGGAUGUCAAUGCCAAAGGGGUGAUCCUGAAGGCUUUUGAACAGUACCGUCUGAAGUCAUGCAUUGAUUUCAAGCCCUGGAGUGGUGAGGAGAACUACAUCUCUGUGUUUAAAGGCAGUGGGUGUUUCUCCUCUGUUGGUAAUCGGCGGGUUGGCAAACAAAGGCUAUCCAUCGGCAGCGGCUGUGAUCGCAUCGCUACCAUUGAGCACGAGUUUCUGCACGCUCUGGGUUUCUGGCACGAACAGUCUCGCUCCGACCGCGACGACUAUGUCACCAUCAUGUGGGACCGUAUCUCAGAAGGAAGGGAGCACAACUUUAACAAAUACAACGACAGCACAUCCAGUUCACUGAAUGUGCCAUACGAUUACACCUCCAUGAUGCACUACAGCAAGAACGCCUUCCGAAACGGCACUGAACCCACCAUUGUGACAAAGAUCCCCGCCUUUGCCGAUGUGAUCGGUCAGCGUAUGGAGUUCAGCGACAGUGACCUUCUCAAGCUCAACAGGAUGUAUGGCUGUGCUCGCUCUAGCACCUUCCUGGACACCUGUGACUUUGAGCGUGAAAACAUCUGUGGAAUGAUCCAAGGUCCAGAAGACCAGGCGGACUGGGAACGCGUCUCCACAGUAACCGGUGGACCUACCACGGACUACACCAACCUUGGCCGCUGCACCGGACAUGGCUACUUCAUGCAUUUCAGCACAGUCAGUGCCACUUCAGGGAACAAGGCUCUGCUGGAGAGCAGAUUGCUCUAUCCAAAAAGAGGCUACCAGUGCCUCCAGUUCUUCUAUUAUAACAGCGGGCACACUUCUGACCAGCUCAGCAUCUGGGUUCGAGAGUAUGAUGAGGCCAACCCCAACGGCACACUACGUUUCAUCCAAACAAUCGAUGGACCCCCCCAGAACCUGUGGCAGCUCCAUCACGUGAGUUUGGCAGUUUCCAAAAAGUUCCGUGUGAUAUUUGAAGGAACCAAAGGCUCAGGGUCCUCUGCCGGUGGCCUGUCUCUGGAUGACAUUAAUGUGUCUGAGACAAUGUGCCCAGAGCACAUAUGGCGCGUGAACAACUUCCUCAGUGUGAUGGAGACCACCCCCCAGGGUACGGCCAUCUACAGCCCCCGCUUCCACUCCAAAUACGGCUACACCUUCCAGAUGGGUCUCUACCCCAACGGUACCAUCGACUACCCUGGGGAACUAGGCGCCUUCGCCCACUUGACGUCCGGGGACAAUGCUGUGGAUGCCAGCCUGGAAUGGCCGAGUGCAUGGAAGCAGAUCACCAUGAUGCUGAUGGAUCAGAACACAGACAUACGCAAACGCAUGUCCAACCAGAGGAGCAUCACCACAGACCCCACGCAAGUAAUAGCAGGGUCAACCAACUUUUAUUGGGAUAACCCUCGUAAGGUAGGGAUGGAGGUGACAGAAGCAGAUGGCACAAAGUACUUCCGAGGACCAGGAUUGGGAACAUAUGUAUACCUGACCCAGGCCAGAGCCCGCAGUAGAGACUUCAUCAAAGGAGGAGAUGCCAUCUUCCUCCUAACAAUGGAAGAUAUCUCUCAUCUGGUGCCAUCUCAGCCCCUCCCCUCAACGACAACAGCCAAGCCAAACACCUCCCAACCCACCACCGCCAAACCUGAAACCCCCAAACCCGAAACCCCCAAACCAACCACCACUUCAAAACCAAGCAGCCCUUGUGACAAAGUGACAUGUGAGAACGACGGAGUGUGUGUGCUGGACAACGGGGGCGUGGCUGUGUGCAGGUGUAAAGUAGGAGAUGACUGGUGGUAUACAGGUGACAGGUGCCAGUUUAAGGGCUCCACACAGGACUGGAUUGUGACAGCAGUGGUUGCCUCUGUGUGUGUACUGGCUGUCAUGUUGAUUGUCACAAUAACCAGUGUGGUGUGCCUUAAGAAAAAGUACAAGAAGAGGAUGCAGGCAGCAGGCGACGACAUCCCAUAUCAGCACGCGGCCGUGGCUCUGUGUCUCACUCGGGCACCCAACCGCCACUGGACUCGGCUCAAGUUGAUGGCGGCCUCCCCGGAGGACGACGCCGUCGACCGCAGACCCAUACGAAGAGUGCGGUCAAAAAGCGAUACGCCCUACCUCGCCGAGGCAAGGAUAUCACUCAACCUGGAGACAGGUAGGGAACAAACUGCACACGUGUCAGACGCGACAUAG